UACUCAAAAACCCCCCACCUUUCACUUUGUUUUCGUUUAUACCCUGACCUAGGAAAAAUGUCAUAAAUACUACUGACCUUGUCAAUAUAUUUCGCCCGUACCCCCAACCCGAAGCAGCACGCGCAUUUGUCCAGCGUGGCAUCCAUAUCAGCUAAAAACCCUGAAACGCACCGUUUAUGACUCUGACGCACCGAAUAUCUGACCAAACCAUGGUUAGUGAGGUGGCAAUUACUAAAACGGUGCGUUUUGUGUUUGACCUUAGUAUUUACCAUUCUUCCUCCUUUCAAAAUCGUUUCUUUUUUACAGAAACCCUAAUUAACAAAUUGAAAACAUUUGAGAAAAGCUAACCUAGGAUUUUCCAAAGCAACACUAUGUCUUCAGUGUCGCUAACUACGAGGGGUCUUGAUAACGUGAGCGACGAGCUGUUCAAUCUCCCUGCAACGAAAGAACGUAGCAGGUGCAGGCAUGGAAGGUUGUAUCUGUACACUUCAUGGACGAAAACGAACCCGGGAAGAAGAUUCUGGCGCUGUUGUAAGUCAAAGACCCCAGAUGAUUGCGGAGCAUUUCGGUGGUACGAUGAGGAGGUACCUUUCGAGAAUAUGAUCAAGUUCGGAGUGCUGUUGGACAAAGUGAAAGGAUUGACGGAGCAGCUUGAGGGUUGUGAAAAUACAAUUUCAGAAUUGAACAUAACAAUUCAGAAGUUGGAAGAGAAUCGAGACAAAGCAACCGUUGCUUUUACGGAGAUAAUAGAUGAAAAUGAUUGCCUGAGGAAGGAGAAUGCAGAAUUGAAGUCACAAGCCGAAGGAUCGCAAUCUUGUUCCAGGUCUUGAACUGUUGAGAGGACGAAGUUAUGGUGAUGGGAGGUGGUAGUAUAACGAACCAGUGUACUUUUGUUAAUUUAGGACUAAUUACUAAUGUAGUCCCUGUAAUUUAUGGUGUUUGGAGCUAGUGGAUUACUACCGUAAUGUAAUAGUGUGUAUUUAGAACACGACCUUUGUUAUGGUACGAUAAUUAUCUAUGUAAUAUUAUUGAUAUCUA